CCUGACGUAAUCGAGCGUACGAGCUCCGAAAAUUUGCAGGCAACACAUUGGACUCCAACUGUGACUCGAAUAAUUUGCUCUCGACCGCCUCCCUCCUCUGAGCGACCCCGCUCGUACAUGAUCUUCACGCAGAACACUCGCGACGAUUACCUCAGCGACCUCGUUUUCUCUCUGCUCAGCCAUUAAGACGGCCGCCAUGAUGUUUGCGCGAACCCUCACCCGUGUUCCGCGGUUCUACCGCGGUCUUGCUACGCAUGCUAAAAUACAGGGCAACGCGUCGGUCCCGGCGGUGUUGCACCUGAAGACGGGCCAGUCGUUCCAGGGUCGCUCCUUCGGUGCACCGCAUAGCGUCUUUGGCGAGACCGUGUUUUCGACGUCGAUCACAUCUUACACAGAGUCGAUGACAGACCCGUCAUACCGGGGACAGAUCCUCGUCUUCACUACACCUCUCAUUGGGAACUACGGUGUCCCGCACAACCGCACGCCCGUCGACUCGCGCGACGUCGGAGUCGUGCUUGAGUCUGAAUCCAUACAGUGCGCGGGCGUCGUCGUUGCGGAUGUGGCGGAAAGGUACUCACACCAUGCUGCCGCUGAGAGCCUCGCGGCGUGGUGCGCGCGGUACAACGUCCCCGGCAUCACAGGUGUCGACACCCGCGCCAUCACGCGUCUUCUCCGCGAUCAGGGUACCACACUAGGCCGACUCGCGGUUGGACCUGAUGCUGGCCUACCAUCUCCCCAGUCAGAAGAGUACUGGGACCCCACGGAGGAAAAUCUCGUCGCACAAGUGUCGACCACGGAGCCGUACGACUUGAACCCGUCGGGCGACGUCAAGAUCGCGGCGAACAUCCUGCGCGCGCUCGUGCGGCGAGGCGCCGCGGUGACGGUGUUGCCGUGGGACUACGACUUCAACGCGAUCCGGGACAGGUACGACGGGCUGUUCCUCUCGAACGGGCCGGGCGACCCCGCGCACUGCAUGCCCGCGGCGCUGCACCUGCGGCGGACGCUGCGCGAGUGGGACCGCCCGAUCUUCGGGAUCUGCAUGGGCCACCAGGUGAUCGGGAUGGCGGCGGGCCUGGACGCGUACCGGAUGACGUUCGGCAACCGCGGCCACAACCAGCCCGUGCUCGCGCUGGCGUCGUCGGGGAGCAUCCGCGCGGGGCGGGUGUACGUCACGAGCCAGAACCACCAGUAUGCGCUGCGGUUGCAGGACCCGUUCCCCGAAGGCUGGGAGCCGUUCUUCAUCAACUGCAACGACUCGAGCGUGGAGGGGAUCAAGAGCACGACGCAGAGCGGGAAGAAGGUCUGGGGGGUGCAGUUCCACCCUGAGAGUGCGGGCGGCCCGCUGGACACGAUCGAGAUGUUCACGGACUUCUUGGCGGAGUGCCGAGCGCACAAGAUGCAGCUCGGGCUGAAAACGGGCGACGUCAUGGGCUCGAAGCAGGAGGUACCGCAGCUGGCUCCUGAGCUCGAGGUGUCGCGGCGGAUCGCUGCGGCUGCGUGAUCUCGUCGUCUUCAGUGCUGUGUGCUGCAUCUGAAGGGAAAUGGCCAUUCGUGAUACUCUGUACAUCGUGUGCGUGAUGAUGGGUGCUUAUUGUAUGUGAUCUAUUGGAAGAGACUGCAGACUCAGUGCAGACGGUCAUGG